AUGGCGGCACCGAUCGUUGACGCGGAAUAUUUGAAAGUGAUCAGCAAGGCUCGCCGUGACCUCCGCUCUCUCAUCGCGACCAAGAACUGCGCUCCGAUCAUGCUUCGAUUGGCUUGGCACGACGCUGGAACCUACGAUGCGCAAUCGAAGACCGGUGGACCUAAUGGCUCUAUAAGGAACGAAGAGGAAUGCAAUCAUGGUGCCAAUAGUGGUUUGAAAUUCGCUCUCGAUAUCUGUGCGGGAGUGAAAGCUAAACAUCCUAAGAUCACAUAUGCGGACCUAUAUCAGCUUGCUGGUGUGGUAGCAGUGGAGGUUACCGGUGGACCUGACAUCAGCUUCGUUCCCGGGAGAAAAGAUUCGAAUGUUUGCCCCAUGGAAGGAAGACUUCCUGAUGCUAAAAAAGGUUUCCAACAUCUUAGAGAUGUCUUUUACCGCAUGGGCCUAUCUGAUAAAGAUAUUGUGGCACUCUCAGGGGGUCAUACUCUGGGAAGGGCUCAUCCAGAGAGGUCAGGCUUCGAUGGACCAUGGACUCAAGAGCCUCUCAAGUUUGAUAACUCCUACUUCGUGGAGCUGCUGAAAGGAGAAACAGAGGGCUUGUUGAAACUUCCAACUGACAAGACUUUGUUGGAAGACUCCGAGUUUCGUCGUUACGUCGAGCUUUACGCUAGGGAUGAAGAUGCAUUCUUCAGAGACUAUGCGGAGUCGCACAAGAAACUCUCGGAGCUCGGUUUCAGCCCUAACUCCUCGGCAGCUAAAGUUGCAGACAGCACGGUUCUGGCUCAGGGCGCGUUUGGGGUUGCGAUUGCCGCUGCAGUCGUUGCCUUUAGCUACUUUUACGAGAUUCGGAAGAGGAUGAAGUAG